AUGUGCAAUGGAGCCCGACUUAAAAUUUCGAAGGCAUUGUUCGAUGAGGAGUCCAAGGGAGAUGAACUGAUUGCUUGGCGCAGACCUUUCGAUGAGCUGUCGAAAGGAGGGUUGAUCAACGUGAACAACUUCAUGAAGAUAGUUAAGAACAAGGUAGCCUAG